AUGCCGAUAAACCAUAGUCAGGAUGUAACGGUAGCUGCUUCUUCAUUAACAUCAUCAAUUGACAUUACUGCUGCAGCAUCUGAACCUACGCCAUCAGUGACAGACACAAAUGCUGUCACAACGACAUCGAAUAAAACACAAAAUCGAAUGGAUACAUUAUCAGAUUUAACUGUUCAGUUGAAUGAAAUUACUGAAGAUCGUGAUAAAUGGAGAGAUAAAUGUUCAGCAUUGGAAAAACGAUAUUCGGAAUUGAGUGAUGUAUCGAUGUGUGAGUUAUAA